CUUUUAAUACCUUUGUUUAUUUUUUGCGUGUCACAUGCCUGCUUUCACGUUCCCUCGUAGGCUCUGAAGCGCUGUGGAAGGUUUUAGGCUGGCUCACUAAUACCUGAACCAUGCAUGCACAUCAAGCACAGAUGUGCCGGCAGAAACACCUGACGCAUUUGCAGCUCAGACGAGGACUGGAAUGUCAAGAGAAAGCGAAAGGAAUAAGGGCUAGUGUUGGAGAAAGGACAAGGAUGGGACAUUCCAACGUACCGCUCACAUUCACAUACUCGUGUUCCAACAGGGAAAAACACAAGAGUAGUCAUCUGCAACCCUACACGUCAAAUGAGAACCUAAACAAUGCAUUAGGUGCCAUUAGGGUGCUGGGUCUUGAGCGGAUCGAAGAUGAGUUGAAGCCGCACUUGCGCACCGUUCUUGUGGCCAUUCAGGAGAAGAACAAAGGGGCCGCCGAGCAAGUGGUGAUCAGUGGGAUCCUUCCAAUUCUGGCACUGUUACUGAGAGACAGAGGCCCUCUGGCACUGCUGACUGCCCAACUGGUGGCUGAGCUCGCCAAAGAAUCGGUCAUCCGUAAAGGUUUCGGAGAUGCUGGCCUGGUUACCGCACUGCUGUCUGUGCUGACUUGUGCAGACCAGAACCUGCUGAGGCUUGCAGUCCAGGCAAUUGCUCGUGUGUCUUAUGACAGUUGUAAGCAUCAGCAGCUCUUACUGCGCAGAGGGGCAAUACCUCGUCUAGUGGCCGUCCUGCUGCGAUUCCCCUGCAACGAGGCCUUAGAAGAGGUUUGCCUCCGGGCCCUGUGUAACCUCAGCGGCAUGAGCGUGACGGAGGAAGCCGGCAUGGUGUGGGAAAGGGGCACGCCUGCUCAGCCGGGGGAAUGCAUAUUUUGUGGCGUGUCACCACGCAAGUGCGGCUUUGUGACCUCUGUCACCGUGGUGCGUGUAUGCCGCUGGGCGCCAGCACAGUACGCCGUCAGCGUGGAGCUCGUCCAACGUUCCACUGCUUCAUUCUUAAACUUUCACAAGAACAAACGCUCUACUCGUUGCUUCCCCUUCUUUAGUAUUGGGAGACGUUCCAAGACGACAACCAGGAACAGCCCGAGACGCUCCAGCCUGAAAACGCUGGUCUUUCACACCUUCCUCUGAUAGUAAAAUGCUAUUUGCUUUGUAUUUUUACAUAAAGUUGAAUUUUGCAACUGUUUACACAUUUUUUAAAAACAAGGCAGCUCACACAGUAACACCUGCAGAUUUAAUAUAUAUAAUAUAUGGCGGAAAAUAUUCAGGUGACUCAAAGUUCCUCUCUGACACCCCCAAUUUGGCCAAAUUUCAAAAUUGUCCUUUAUGCAUGUGUGAUACAUCAUUGGAAAGCUUAAAAUCUCAAUUUUCCAGGGGAACAGAAAUUUUGAACUGGAGGGCAUUUAAUUUUUUUUUUUUUUUUUUAUUUAAACCCCUGAACCCUAACUCGAGGUGUGAGCACGAGAGAGCAUAAUUAAAGACAACAUGAUUUUUAACGAGAUAUUAUCGCGCAUUUAGCUUGUUUUGAUCCAAAAUCUCUGCGUAGCAUGUCUCACCGAGUGUCAAGACACAGCUGUGAAUGACCACAGCCGGACUUUUGGGGGGUUGUAUGGGUGAAACACAGUAAUAUAAUGAGGGUCACAAUGCAGAAAUUGCAGACAUCAAGGAGUGGUUGAGAUUUUCUUUUUCAAAGAUGUACCCUUUCAAACAUUUUUUUCAAUUUUUGUUUGUUUGGAUCGAUUAUUCAUCUAAAAUAUUGGGGAAAAUGCACAGUGACAAAAAAAAAAUACAAUUAAGUGAUAGUUAUAAGGUGUUAUUGUGACGUAAUUUGUUUAAAAGUUAAAAAUAGGCCGGUGAAUAAUUUUUUAAGUCCUUUUUUCUUUUUUAAAUUAAAUAUUAGACAUCAAUUCAUAAUUUUAAGCAUAAAAUGAAAGAAAUUUUGAAAAAUAUAAUUACCUUCUUUUUAUGGCUGGCUUGAAACAAAAGCGGUUGCUCAGUAUCUGUGGUGUCUGUAAAUAAGUCACGGAUAUCUACCUCAUAACGAUGGCUUAAUUUUAUUUUUUUUUUGUUUCUGUUGCAUCUUCCCCGAUAUGUUAGUUGAUAAAUAAUCGAUCCAAGCAAAGAAAAAUUGGGGGAAAAAAUGUUUAAGAGUGUAAAUAUAUGAAAAAGAACAUCUCGACCUCUUCUUGAUGUCUGUGAUUUCUGCAUUGCUUCCCUUGUUAUAUUACCAUGUUUUACCCAUAAAAUAUCCCAAAAAAACGUCUGUGGCCAUACACAGCUGUUUCAUGACACUCGGUGAUACAUGCUCCAUGGGAGUUUUUGGAUCGAAAAGAGAUAAGUACGCGAUAAUAUAUCAUUAAAAUCGUGGCGUCUUUAAUUAUGCUCUCGCGUGCUCUCACCUCCAGUUAGGGUUUUGCUGUUCAUUUAUUUUUUCUCUCUUUUUUUUUAAAUGCCCUCUUGUUAAAAAAAUUUUCGUUCCCCAGAAAAUUGAGAUUUUAAGCUUUCCAAUGAUGUAUCACACAUGUAUAUAGGACAAUUUUGAAAUUUGACCUAACUGGGGCUCUCAGAGCAGUACUUCAAGUCACCUAAGUGUUUUCCGCCAUAUAUAUACAUAUAUAUAUAUUUUUUAAACAGUUAAUGCUCUCGUGUUAAGGUGGCUUGAUGGAUGACUGUUUAUGAUGGUGUGGCUGUGUAACUGUGCUUCAUGAUUCAUUGUUUACUGUUUUCUGUUGAGAGAAAAUCCCUGUUUGAACUUUUGAGACCUUUUGAGUCUUGAAUCAAUUCUCAAUAAAGACACUCUUUUCAUCUAGCCUGAAGUCGA